CUUUUUCACGGGGCAACGUGAGAAUAUUUAACUUCUGUUGAUCCGCUUUACUGUCAUUCUCCGAUCUCCUGCUGCAUAUUGGCAGUGUCCUCCCUCAGACAGGAAGACAGAAGUCAGACCUGUCUCUCUCUCUCUCUCUGUUUAUUACUCUCUCUCUCACUCUCUCUCUUUUUGUUCCAGCUGCAGUACAAAUCCUGGCUUCCCCUCACAGCUCUAUUAGCCUGCUCUGCUCCACACAACUGCUCCACGAUCUGAGACACACCGAAACAAAACACACACAUACACACACACACAGUACCAUCACACAGUGACACGCACACACACCUCUCCUGGAGCGCCUGCAGAACCAGAAGAGGAGAAAAGAGGGUGGGAGAAUUUGGCCUCAAGUCCUGCAGCUGCCUUCAAAGUGCUGGGAUGAGGUGGUGGCUGUUGGCGGCCACUUUAUGGCUGCUGGUGGCCCUGACCGUCUCAGAAACCCCAGCCAGGAACAGACCUCGAAACCAGGGCAGUGAGGUCCACCGGGGGAAGAGGAAGAGGGAUGGGCAUGGUCAUGGGCGGGCAAGAGCAGGGCGCUCGAGGCCAAUGAAGAUCUUACUGGUUCCUGGUCCAGACAUCCCAGUGGAGCAUUUACCAAACCAAGGAAACACUCUGAUCCUGGAUUCCUACAAGAACAUACAAGAACAGCACUCCAGCUACAACGUUAUUCCAGGUAAGCAGGGCCAGUGUGUGUACCAGGGUCUGACCAUGUUUGACCAGGCUGUCUGGUCACCAAAGCCCUGUGUGACUUGUCUUUGUACUGGAGGGCGGGUGGUUUGUGAUGAGAUCACCUGUCCCAUAACGCACUGCCAUUUCCCCUUUACGCCCGCCGGGGAGUGCUGCCCCGUCUGCAUGGAGUCAGACUCCGACCUCAGCCUUGACCUUUCUGGUGACUCCCCAGUUCCCAAUGACCCCCGUGAGCCCGUAACACCUUUGACCCAGGAGGAGAUGCAGCGAAUCCUUUGGCGGGAGGAAGAGGAGCACCGCGAGGAGGAGGAGCGCCUGAGGAAGAAGGAUGAAGCGAGGAAGCAGAGGAGGAAGCAAAGGAAGGAGAAAGCGGAGAAACAAAGGAAGAUAGUGGAGGAGAGGAGGAGGGCAGAGGAGGAGGCGCUGAGGCUGCAGGUGGAGAGAGAGGAAGAGGAGUGGAGGAGGCAUGUAGAGGAGGAGAUGAGGAGGUUAGAGGAGAAGAGGAGACAGGAUGAGGAAAACAGGAGGCGGAAGGAGGCAGCAGAGAGAGAAGCGAGGGAGAGGGAAAGGAAGCUAGAGGAGGAAAGAUGGAGGCAGGAGGAGAAGUUGAGGGAAGAAUUACUGGCUCUGGUGGAGGAGGAGGAGGAAGAGGAGCAGCCGGAGGAGGAACAGGUGUGGCUGAGAGGUGAUGUGUUUCAGAUGCCCUCCAAAGAACCUGACGAACCCGAGGAACCAGACCUCCUCCCUGUUCCGAUCCCAAGACCUCCUGCUGCCACAGAGGACGAGCUGGAGGAGUUGGAGGAGGAGGUGGAGGAGGCAGAAGAAGAGGAAGAGGAGGAGAGGGAGGUGGUGGUGAUUGAGAACAGAAGAGGCCUCCCUCCAGGUUGCGACAUCUCUGAUGUCACUGUGACAUGUGACAACGCCAGACUCACCUACUUCCCUCCUCUGGCCAUACCUGAGCUCAAGUCUCUCAGUCUGGAGGGCAACAACAUCAGCAGCAUCCCUGCAGAAGCUUUUAAUGGCAUUCCUAACCUGGAGUGGAUCAACCUGAAGAAGAACAAACUUUCCUCUGCUGGUAUUGAUGCUAAAGCCUUCAAAGGUCUAAAGAUGCUGAGGCGUCUGUACUUGGACGGGAACCUUCUAGAAACCGUGCCCGCUGACCUUCCCCCCACCCUGCAGGAGCUGAAGAUCAAUGAGAACAGACUGAGAGAAAUCGAUAAAAACCGCUUCCAAGAUAUGAGCAGUCUGGUGAUUCUGGAGUUGGAGGGAAAUCUGCUGAGUGAGGGGAACGUAAAUCCUCUGGCCUUCGCUCCUCUCAACCAGCUCUCCUACCUCCGACUGGGAAGAAACCAUUUCCGCACCAUACCACAGGGCCUUCCCACAUCAUUGCUGGAGCUGUACUUGGAGAACAACCUGAUAGAGGAAAUCUCAGAGACAGUUUUCAAUCAGACCCACAGUCUCAACGUAAUAUCUCUGAGACACAACAGGCUGGAUGAGACCAGGAUCGCCCCACUGGCCUGGAUCAACCACAGAAAUCUGGAGUCCAUCGACCUUUCACAUAAUGACCUUUACCUGGUUCCAUCAUACCUGCCCAGGUCUCUGGUCCACCUGGUGCUGGUGGGAAACAAAAUUGAGAGGAUACCUGGUUUCGUCUUCGCCCACAUGGAGCCUGGUUUAGAGUACCUCUACCUCUCUUACAACAAACUGGAUGGGGAGGCAAUUGAGCCUGAAUCGUUCUUUGGCUCGUACCACUCCAUGGUGGAACUGUGCCUGGAUCACAACCAGCUGAUCUCUGUCCCAUCUGGCAUUAACGAAAUGACCAACUUACACUUCCUCAGGCUCAACAAUAACAAGAUCAGGAGUGUUCCUGAUGAAGGCAUCUGUGACCCAAACUACAGCGGAGACUCCACUCUGGUGUCCCUGAGGCUGGAAAAUAACUACAUCGACCCCCAGAAAGUCUCACCGACAGCCUUCUCCUGUGUACGCUCCUCCUCCAGUGUGGUCUUAAAACCCCAGAAAACCAAGUGACCACACAAAAGCAGACACUAAAAGACUCAUUUCUAAACCCCCACAAACACAAGGGAAAUAUUUUUUUAAGUGCCAAGAGAAGCAAAAAAUGUGAGAUACAUUUCCCCUCACUAGCUUCCUCUGAUGCUGUAUGUUUUUAAAAUGACACCCCAAAUAAUAAGAGAUUACUUUCACAUUAAUGUCUGACACACAGGUUGAACAUGGAAAAAAGACUUUAACUGUCAACACACAGUUACUGCUGAUGUAAUUUGCCAUAUGGGAAUGCACUGCUUCAAUCGCUUCCUUAUGAGCUGCAUUAAAAUAAGAUUUUCUCUUUCCCUGGCCCUAAUUUUAAGUCUGGUAAGUUGUUUUGCACUGUCGCCUGGCCCACGUUAACCUGGUAGGAAGAUGACAGAGCACCUUCAGACUUCAAAAUCAGACACAUCUGUCUCCUUUAGUAAAAUGUCGCACUCUCUAAAAUGGAAAGAACUCCUGCACCGUACACACUAAAAUGAAAACGCUAAUAAAAUAAUGGAAAGAAUUUGAUGAAAUGAGACCACAAACCCAACGCAUUAUUUUUAACAGCCUCACCACCUUCAUGUUCCAUUUCUCAGCUCUGUUUCUUCCAAUGCCUUCUUUCAUAAAAUCUCUGACAUGGAAAGGAGUAGUGUGAUCUCAUGUGUGACACAUUCUUCGAGCUCUUGUGUUAAAGCUUAAGUGCUGCACUAAAGGAUUAAGUUAAAGUGAGUACUGUUUGGUAUUCAAUCCCUUUGGUGAUUGAAAACAUGUACUGUAAUGACAUGUGUGCCCAUUUCCUCAAACUACAUUCUCAGCACUAAUGUGUACAGAAGCAGAACACUGACUUCCUCUGGUGCAGUUAAUCCGGAUUUAUUCUUGACGCAAAGCGAGUCUUGAGGUUUGAUGUAGGUUUUCUUGUUCAGGGUCAGAGUUUACCUGUUGAUAGCUGCAUAACAAUCAACACAUAUAUUUUACAUAAUCAGGAUGCUUUGUGCUUUAGUUAUAUUCACUGCAGUUUCACUUUAUUUUCAAUUUGAACCCUAUUUUCCCAUGUUUUUGUGUCUAAAUGACUCGUGGGAACAAUAACUUUGAUAAUUGGUCUAGUAUUGAGAGAGAGUGCUGCAGCCAGCCGCAGUGAAACAAGCUGUAAUGUAACCACUUGGGGCAAUUUAAGUCAAUUUCAAGUGCUUGCUUUUGCAACUAAAGGGCUAAAUAUGUGAUUACGAGUGUCUGCCAAUAUUACAGAAAAGACCCUAUAAAGAAAUUAGAUGUUUUUACAUACCUUUUGCCUAUUCUGCUCUGUUUUAAAUCCAAGUCUCACUAAAGUUGUCACAUUCUUGAAAUCAGCUAUGUAUUCAGGGAUGGCAUUUAAUACCUUUUAGAUAGGAGUAAGAUGUGCCUUCUGUACUCCAACACAACAAACUAUUACAAUCACUCCUCUCUCCAACUUUCACUUUAAACACUUUUUUUCUGCAUCAAGUCAUCUCUUGUGAGAAAUCAGAACAAGACUUGUUGUUAGCAAGACUGGGACACAAAAAGACCAGAACAGGCAAAAAGACGUUUUAUUUCUCUGUAGGGUUCUUUAUUGUAUUGUUGUAAAAUACUUAAAAAAACAAUCAGAGCCUGCUGGCUGCAGAACCAAACACUUUUCAUGAAUGUAAAAUGAUGGGGCGCACUUGCCCUGAGUUGUUACCUUGUUGUGUAUUUCGCCGCUAUAGCACUAUCCUUCUCAAUACUGGAUCAGUUUAAAAACAGUUGUUUUAACCAGUUAAUUAGACACAAAUUAUUUGAAAAUAGUGUUCAGGUUGAGUUACAUCCACAUAACUUUUAUUUCAUCCUGUCUCAUUACUGAACAGGUGAUCUUGUAGUGCAGCUUUUUAUGUGGUUUCAUUCAUUGUUAGAUGUGUAUCACAGUGAGCAGCAGGUUUGCUACAGACUGUCAUGAAGAUGAGUAUAACUAUGUGGACUGUGUAACAUGAGGCAACACAAUUAGUGGGAGAACCCUCGAAUAAAUGCUUUUGAGAUGUGGGAGGAUCACUGGCUUUAGAAGUACUUCCUCCCACAGUAAAUCCCCAUUUCAAAGUUUUCUUUUAAUGAUGUAGUCAGUGUUUCCCAACACAAAAUGUUACUAAGUCACUUAAUGUUAUUGAGUCAAUGUUUAUGCUUCAGCUAUCAACCUGUGUAACUAUAAUGUUUUAAUAACUCAACAUCAGCACUGACAGUGAAUAAAAGUAAGCUUCUGCAGGC